AUGAGGAUGCUUAGGUGGAUGAGUGGAGUAACCAAAAAGGACAGGGUUAGAAAUGAACGUAUUAGGGGUAGAGUAAAAGUCACUGAUGCAUCAAAGAAAGUGCAAGAGGCAAGGUUAAGAUGGUAUGGCCACCUGAUGAGAAGAGAAGAGCAACACAUGGCAAGAGAAGUGAUGGACGUGGAGGUGGAUGGAACACGAAGGAGAGGAAGAUCUAAGACCAGGUGGAGAGAAUGCAUUAGAGAUGAUACGAGGAAGAAGGGAAUAUGGGAGGAAAUGACACGGGACAGAGGUAGAUGGAAGAGACUCAUUAGAAACGGCGACCCCGAAUAG